AUGGCAUACAAUCAGCACAGCGGUUCCCAACAAGGACCGCAAUAUUACGGAAACCAGCGCCCUCCUCGAGGGCCACCACCAGCUCCCCAACGAUACGACCAAGGCUACGACCAAGGCUACGACUAUGGAUAUGAUCAGGGCUAUAAUGGAUAUGAUGGAAACGAUGGGUACGGCUAUGGCGAUGGGUACGAGGACUACAACGGGGGCGGACACUCGGCCAGUGGAUACAGUCAGGGACAAUAUGGAGGCCAACAAGGACGACCGCUGCCCGAGCAGCAACGCCCUCCCAUGAACGGUGGUGGUAGGGGCAGACCCCCGCCGACCCAGCAGUAUCCUCAAGGCCAGUAUCGCAACGAUGCUCCGAGAGGUGCCCCUCCGGUCCAGAACUUCAGCAAAGGACAUGGUCCAAACCCGGGGAGACAACCACCACCACAGAACCCACCACCAAGUCAAGCGCGGGCUCCUUCUCGUCAAGCUCGGGAACCUCUCGUCAGGCCUGUUUCGCCGGAAACGUUAUCGAUGGAUAACCCGUUCCCAAUUUUUCCGUCCAAGAAGAAUCCACCGAAGCCGACGAAGCCGACGAAGCCAGCGCCGAGCGAUCCUCCCACGCAGGGGAUGGCCGCAAUGAACAUCAACGAUGGCAGACCAAACAGGGAGCAAUCUCGACGUGAUGCGCCGCAAUCACGGGGCGGCAUAAACUCUGCAGGGCCACAGGGCCAUCGCAACUUCUCAAAACCCGCUCAGCAGUUUGUUCCACCGGAGAGAUCAGCUACCGCUGGACCUGGUAUGGAUGACUUUGGUCGAUCUGUACAGCACAUGCCUCCUCGCCCCUCGACGGCAACAGGCAGCCGUCCACCACCGCAGGCUCGAAUUAAUCCACAAUAUCCCCCGAGUGCAGGUGGACCAGGAUUUUCGCAGCAGAAUAUCCAACCAUCGUAUAAUAAGCAUGAGAGCAUGGGCGACAUAUACAGCGAUUAUUACAACGACUCUGGUCCAGUAUCUGCUGCCCCAGAACCUCAGCAAAAUGGUGCAUAUAAAGCAUACCAACCUACUCGCGAAGAGGAAAUCGAAGCAAAUAUGCCGAACUUUGACGCGCAACCGGUCGAGGAGAGCAAUAUUGUUCCACUCAAUUUCGACCCUCAAAUGGACGCAGCACGGAAGGGUUCUCCUGCGCCAGCGCGUCAGGAUUCGCACAGGCAGGGAGGUUACCCACCAGUCAACGGCCAACCCGAUCAGUACGGUGGCGGCUCGAACCAAAUGUAUCACCAAGCGCAAAAGGUUCGCUCCCAACCAAAUCUCCGUGGUGGAGGGCCUGCAGGGUAUUCCUAUGACGAUUACGGUCCUGUGCCAGACCUUCCACCCAAUGGAGCGACUGGAUAUCCCCAACAACCAAUGUCUGGAGCUGUAGGGUAUGGGAACACUCAUCCAAUCAACACCUCAAUCCCAAGGGGCCCCAAUGGACCACGGAGUGCAACAGAUCCUUAUGGACAAGGAAGCCCGAUGGGACAGCCGUUAUCUCCCAACAACCGCUCCGCUGCCCCGCCAUUCACACGCAAUCAGACUGCCCAGUCUCAAUGGUCUGAUCCGGGGCCUGGUGGUGUUCGCAAUGCUCUCCCUGGGGCCACUAAUCCUGACGCCCUCCCAGCCCAUCCAGGUCCUCCAAGGCCCGCUCACCCUGAUGCUCUCCCAGCACACCCUGUCCCGGUUAGGCCAGGCUUAAUGGAAUCGAAACCGCCUCCAGUGCGACAAUAUCCCGGCGGAGCUGCCGUACCGGUUCCGGGACCAAGUUCUAACAACCGGGCGAGCGCCGAAGUCACAUCUCGCCGGGAUUCUGACCCUAUCACUGCCGAGGAACUCGAGAGGCUCCGGCUCCAUGUGCGCGCCAACCCAGGCGACAAUGCGACGGCUCUUCAGCUUGCGAAGUCGCUUGUCGCCGCAGCCGACCAUCUCGGGCGGGACAACCCUAGAAUGGACCCCAAACAACUUCAAAGGAUGCGUGAACGUUACAAUUUCGAUGCGCACAAGGUCGUCAAGAAGCUCGUCAGCCACAACUACCCUCCCGCUCAAUUCUACCUAGGUGAUUGCUACGGCACCGGCGCGCUUGGCCUCCCCGUGGACCCGCGGGAAGCGUUCCCACUUUACCAGUCUGCUGCGAAACUCGGUCACGCACCGUCUGCAUACCGUACUGCAGUAUGCUGUGAGCUCGGUUCGGACGACGGAGGUGGAACGCGCAAAGACCCUCUCAAAGCCGUGCAGUGGUACAAGCGGGCCGCGGCUCUCGGCGACGCGGCGGCGAUGUACAAGAUGGGGAUGAUCCUCCUCCGCGGACUCCUCGGCCAACAGCCGAAUGACAUGGAAGCGCUGAACUGGCUCAAACGCGCGGCCGAAAAAGCAGAUCAAGACAAUCCGCACGCCUUGCAUGAACUGGGCCUCCUGUAUGAGAAACAACGGCCGAACAGUCGGAUUAUCCCCGAUCCGAAGUAUGCAGCGCAGUUGUUUGAGGAAGCUGCGCGGUUGAACUAUAAGCAAAGUCAACAGCGGCUCGGGCUCAUGUACGAGUACGGACUGUUGGGGAAGCCGGUGGACCCGAGGAAUAGCAUUAUCUGGUACUCACGCGCGGCCGCACAAGGAGAACACGAAAGCGAGCUGGCGUUGUCCGGUUGGUACCUCACGGGAUUAGCCGGCAUUCUGGAGCAGAGCGAUACCGAGGCGUACUUAUGGGCGCGCAAGGCGGCCCUCGCGAACCCUCCGGUGGUGAAAGCGCUGUUUGCGCUCGGGUACUAUUCCGAAGUGGGGAUCGGCUGUCCGAGGAGUUUGGAGGAGGCGAAGCGGUGGUAUGGACGGGCAGCUGCAUUCAAGUUCCCCAAGGCAGCCGAGCGGCUUGAUGAACUGAAGAAAAAUGGCGCGAAGAGCCAGCGCGGACGGGAGAGGCUCAGUCGAAACAACCAAAAACACCGCGAUGACUGCGUGGUCAUGUGA